AUGUCGGCCUCUUCACAAAAGAAUGUUGUACCCAUCGAUAUAUCCCAUUUUGAAGAAAUCCGAGCCAAAGAGGGAAUCGAAAAAUACGAUGUUGUAAAAACCGAUGCAAUAACGGGAGGUGGUACAAGUUCGGGUACACAGACUCAGCCUGGAGCAAAUAUCAUAUAUGAAACUUCAUUCACAAGUUUUGCUCUUGAAGGAUUUCAAAUAGAUUCACAUCUCUGGGUACUUUUUAGGAUUAUUCCAUCUAAUUAUGUAACUAAUGCAAGAACAAAUUCUCAAGAAUAUCCUGUAGACAUUUGGUACAAUCGGUCGGUUCCACCACCUCCAGAAUUUGGUUCGUUUGCAUCUAAACCUUACGCAGAGAAUUCGAAUGCUCAUCCUCAAUACGAAUUACUUCAACAUACUUCGGGAAAAGAGUCUCCCCUGUUUAAUACACAAAUGCACCAAGAAAUGGGGAUGAUGCAAUCGCCAGAACAACAAUUACAUAGAGAGUAUAUGGAGCGUUAUAUUGAACCAUUACCUUCCCCAGACUUGGAUGAUCCAAAAUUACAAAAAAUAAGAAAUGAAUUGAAAGCGGAAGUACAAAGAACAAUUGCUAAUGAGCUAGCAAAACUAAAAUUAUUUUUAAGUAAAUAUUAUCUUAAAGAUGUAAUAAAGAUUAAUUAA